AUGAGGGAGAAAGACAUGCCGUAUUCAGAGACUACACCUCUGCUGGAGGUCAAUGUCGCUCCUCCGCGGCAUAGAUAUCCGCACCAUGCUCUUCGUCGAGCGUGUACUAUCUCCCUUGCAGCCCUGCUUUCCGUGGCGACUCUUCUAUUCCUACUUCCCAUGGCCAUUUUACCUCGAGAGGGUGGCUCCAUUUGGUCCUAUCUCCCUGGUGCCCAUCCAAUUCCCCACGAAGCGUGGCCAGAGAGCUAUGGUCUGCCAUACGAACAGCUCCAGCAGAUUCUCCUCAAUGUGCCUUCCGCAGAUAAGGCCCGAGAGUGGAGCAGAUACUAUACCGCAGGCCCACACUUAGGAGGAAAGAACCUAUCCCAGGCGCUCUGGACUUUGGAAAAAUGGAAGGAAUUCGGCGUGGAGGAUACCGGGCUCGCGGCGUAUGACAUUUACAUCAACUACCCGCUCGAACACCGUCUGGCCCUCUUGAAGACCUCCGGUGAUAAGACCGAAGUGACCUUCGAAGCUACGUUAGAGGAGGAUGUCCUCGAAGAGGAUCCUACUUCCGGCCUGCCAGACCGUAUCCCAGUAUUCCAUGGCUAUUCUGCUACCGGCAAUGUGACUGCACAGUAUGUGUAUGUCAACUUUGGCACGUACCAGGACUUUGAGGACCUUGUCAAUGCCAACAUCACCUUGGAGGGUAAGAUUGCCAUUGCCAAGUACGGUGGGAUUUUCCGUGGGUUGAAGGUGAAGCGUGCACAGGAGCUCGGCAUGGUCGGCGUAGUUAUCUACAGUGAUCCUCAGGAAGAUGGUGAAAUUACCGAGGAAAAUGGCUAUGAAGCCUAUCCUAAUGGACCUGCACGGAACCCCAGCGCUAUCCAGAGAGGUAGCACUCAAUUCCUCAGUAUCCUUCCUGGUGACCCCACAACCCCGGGAUACGCAUCUAAGCCUGGAGUUGAACGCCAAGAUCCGCACAACUCCAUCCCUUCAAUCCCAUCUCUCCCAAUCUCGUACAAGGAGGUUCUGCCAUUCUUGAAGGCGCUUAACGGUCACGGCCCCAAAGCGUCGGACUUCAACAAGUACUGGCAGGGAGGCGGCCUCGGCUACAAGGGUGUGGAGUACAACAUCGGACCAUCUCCCGAGGAUGUGGUGAUCAACCUCCACAACCUCCAGGAGUAUGUGACGACCCCACUAUGGAACGUCAUUGGUACCAUCAAGGGCCAUAUCCCCGAUGAGGUUGUUAUCCUCGGUAACCACCGUGACGCGUGGAUUGCCGGUGGCGCAGGAGAUCCCAACAGUGGAUCCGCUGCUUUAAACGAAGUCGUCCGCAGCUUCGGCGAGGCUCUCAAGGCAGGGUGGAAGCCAUUGCGCACUGUCGUCUUUGCCAGCUGGGACGGCGAAGAGUACGGCCUGCUUGGCUCGACCGAGUGGGUAGAAGAAUACCUCCCAUGGCUCUCCAAGGCCAACAUCGCCUAUCUAAAUGUCGAUGUGGCUGCUGCGGGUACCAACUUCGAACCUCGGGCCAGUCCCUUGCUGAACAAGGUCAUCAAUGAUGUCACCGCUCUGGUACUCUCCCCUAACCAGACCGUGCGGGGCCAGACAGUCCGCGAUGUCUGGAGUGGCAAAAUCUCGACAAUGGGCAGCGGCAGUGACUUCACUGCCUUCCAAGAUUUCGCCGGUGUCGCCAGUCUCGACUUUGGCUUUGGUCGUGGUAAGAAUGACCCAGUCUACCACUACCACUCCAACUACGAUAGCUUCGCAUGGAUGGAGAAGUACGGUGACAAGGACUUCCUUUACCAUCAAGCUUGCACAAAGCUCUGGGCUCUGGCAGCGGCACAAUUGGUGGAGUCUCCUCUUCUUGCGCUUAACGCCACAGACUAUUCUCUCGGCCUUGGAUCCUACCUAGACCACAUUAAGCCUGCGGCGGACAAUCUCCCCGAGAAGACCUACUUCGACUUCGCACCUCUAGAUAGGGCCAUUCUUGAGUUCCAAGAAUCCGCGAAGGCUUUCGAUGCCCACGCUGCAGACCUGAAGUCCCAGCUUGGCGAUGAUGUGCCUUGGUACCACUGGUGGAAGAAGGUGAGACUGUGGUUCCAGAUUCGCGUUACCAAUGCGAAAUACAAGGGCAUUGAGCGGGCUUUCUUGUACCAGCCUGGUCUGGAUGGCCGCGAAUGGUUCAAGCAUGUUGUCUUUGCCCCUGGCAUUUGGACUGGUUACUCCGGAGCCACCUACCCUGGAUUGGUAGAGAGUUUUGAGGCCGGAGAUGUGGAGAACGCCGAGAAAUGGAGCUCCAUCAUCCAGGAACGAAUUGGUGCUGCGACCAAGCUGCUGCUGUAA